UCCGGGUUGGAGCCAUGGCGGCCCGAAGGUUGCUCUGAGAUGCUUUUUCUGCCACCGCCACUGGGGGGUUCGGUCUCACCUGUGCUCCGUCGGAAGGGAAGAGGAUUUUGAGAACCUGGAUGUGCACUCCUCGGUGGUUAUCUGCUGUAUUUAUGUGAAAGGUGAAUGAAAGACAAGAAAUAAAAAGUCUUACCAUCCAGCCUGUCUGUCUUGAUCAGGGUAGUUCCAGGGGAGUAGCUGCCUGUGAGACCUGCAUCUGCUGCAGUGGAAAGUGAGCCGCCUCCUCCCUCAGCGUAGCAAGGCAAGAACCCAUCUGCACCAGGUUUCUGGCGAUUCCUGUGCACUGAAUCCAAGCAUGAUGCAAUCCAAGCAUGGAUCCAGACAUCCCUGCUGUUUCCUAAAUCACACAGAUGCUGUCGACUGUUGAGAAAUUCAGUUUGGGUCUGGAGGGAGCGCAGUAGCAGCAGAGGCCCACAAGGCGGCGACUGUGAGCUUUCCGGUACCGCAUAGACACCUGGAGAUUGAUGUCCGGGGAUUUGUCAAGAUGCUUGGGAAAAGGAAGCUGUCCCCCAGGGCCUGUCCCCGAGGGUGUGAUCCGAAUCUACAGCAUGAGGUUCUGCCCCUACUCUCACAGGGCACGCCUGGUCCUCAAGGCCAAAGGCAUCAGGCAUGAAGUGAUCAACAUUAACCUGAAAAGCAAGCCUGACUGGUACUAUACAAAGCAUCCUUUUGGCCAAAUUCCUGUCUUGGAGAACAGCCAAUGUCAGCUGGUCUAUGAAUCUGUCAUUGCUUGUGAGUACCUGGAUGACGUCUACCCAGGAAGAAAGCUGUUCCCAUAUGACCCGUACGAACGAGCUCGCCAGAAGAUGUUAUUGGAGCUAUUCUGUAAGGUCCCACCUUUAAGCAAGGAAUGUCUGAUAGCGCUGAGAUGCGGAAGAGACUGUACAGAUCUGAAGGUCGCCCUUCGUCAGGAGUUGUGCAACAUGGAAGAGAUUCUUGAAUAUCAGAACACUACCUUCUUCGGUGGAGACUGUAUAUCCAUGAUAGAUUACCUCGUCUGGCCCUGGUUUGAGCGGCUGGAUGUAUAUGGACUGGCUGACUGCGUGAAUCACACCCCGAUGCUGCGGCUCUGGAUAGCCUCCAUGAAGCAGGAUCCUGCAGUAUGUGCUCUGUACACUGAUAAGAGCGUCUUCCUGGGCUUCUUGAAUCUCUAUUUCCAAAACAACCCUUGUGCCUUUGAUUUUGGGCUGUGUAACCCAAUCAUACGGUAAUUCAGGCAUUGCCUGGGAUUCUCAUCAUUCUGAUGUCUGCAUCACGGGUCAUCUUGGGGUUCAGUGUAUUUGUUCUUUUAUUUUGAGGUCCCUAAUAAAUA